AUGCGCUUACUUCAGAAUAUAUUAGAGAUAUCUUUGAAAUUGCCACAGAAGUCAUAUCAGAAUUUAUCUAGGAUAAUCCAUGCUAAGGACAUUUUUGGAUUUGCCUUUGCAGUCACGUACGCAUUGAAAAUUUGUUAUAUGCAGCACCUUAAGAUCUUGAACAAAAUUGUCGGAGUAUAUUUAUAUUUCGUGGGUAUACAAACGGAUAUGCUGUACAUGAAUUGUGUAUGCAUAUUAAAAGUUUGUUUCAAGCAAGUCAAUGAUAGUCUAGCGAAUUUGGGAAAACUCAAUGCAAAUAGUACACCAUAUUUCCUAACGAAUACCAUUAAUCACGAGCAGAGAAAUUCAUUUCUACUGAUGCAACUUCAGACUCUGAAAAAGCGACAUAUGGCAAUCAGCAACAUAGUGGAGACACUGAACGCGACCUUUUGUUUACAACUUCUUACCACAAUAACUAAAACUUUUACUCAAAGCACUUUGAUCUUGUACUAUUUCGCAACGCAAGUACAAGUGCAAGACGUAGCUAAGGGCAAUCUAGAAAAACGAAAUUAUCAGGAACACCUUAUUAUUUUUUCUACAACACAUUAUUUUGUAAAGAUAGUGUUGGUAGUAUGGGCUUGCGAAACCUGCAAGAACCAAGCCAUGGAUAUUCGCACUACCAUUCACGACGUGUUUAAUACCAUCAGCGAUAAGGAAAUAAAGUAUGAGGUAGAUUAG